UCAUAUUCUUCGUCAGUGACUGGGUUAUUUUAUUUUCAUCUCAGACUUGGUUUGAUGGCCAAACAGAACUGCUUGCCAGCUUGCCUGUUGCGAAUUCGACAGAGCCAAAUGCACAUUGGAAUUAUUUGUUGAAAUAUCAAAUUGCUGAGCAGCGCAUAGGUCCCACAAUGGCUGAACCAGAGCAAGAACCACCAGAGCAAGAACAGUCUGAGCAGGACCCAGAGCCAGAGCCUGAGCAGGAGCAAGAGGAGCAGGAGGAGGACAAUAAGGGGAAUAUCAUCUUUGCCACAGGAACGGAUGACGCAGCUGUUGACACGACGGAGGACUUCCUCAAAGUGUUUCAAGGGAAGACAGAGUUUGACAGCUGGGAAGAAUUUUCAACCUUGUUUGAAGAGUUUCAGCGUGUCACUGGAUCCGCUUUCAAGCCAAAGUCUGCCACAAGUAUUGAAUACGCCAAUGAGCGUCGUGUGAAGGACAAGAUUGCUGAUCGCUUUGUUUAUCAGACUGUGAAGAUGGUCUGUCAGAACUAUGGUAACCCUGUCAAGAGAGAAAGCAGCCUCAGGAAAACAAAAAAGUAUGUUGGUCUUGGCUGUGAAGCGAUGGUGCAUCUUCGGUACAAACAAGGGUCCUUGAAUAUUGUCAGUUGUAACCUUGAACACAAGAAUCAUGCCCUUCACUCAGGAAAUGAAAUCAUCAGAAGUGUUCGCUCGUUCUCCUUCACGGAUGAUGUUGAUUUCCUGAUUGCCAAAGUGGUCCUGGAGCAUAAUCCUUUUAUCUCAUGGAAUGCUGACAAGCAGUGGACAUCCAUUGUGACAGACUUGCAGGGCAGAGACAGUCACCUCAAAACUGUAAAUAUUCGGAUGGUGAAGAAAAGAAUCAGAUUUCUGAUGGACCGCUACAUGGCAAACAGUAAUGGAAAAUCUCCUUUGCCUGAUGACGAGAUGGGAAUUAUUUUAUUUGAACUGGCGCAAGCGAGGCAGGACGCUGUCGACAAUCCCCCCAAGAGAGGUGGUCGAGGCAGGAAAAGGAAACGUCCGAAGAAAUACGAAGAUGAUGUCUUAGAUGAUGAUGAUGAUGACAUGGACACCACAGCAGAAAUGGGAGGAGACUCACCAGCAUAUUCACCAUCUCCACCAGAAAUGAAUCGACAGCGAAGGUCAUAUGCUGCUGCCUCAAAGUCCUCCUCGGUAUCAAGUCGAGACAUCGUGUCAUUCCUAAACUUCCUCCAACGCAAAGACGAUCAGGACCGCAAGAUGCGUCAGACAGAACUGGACUUGAGGCGAGAAGAACUGGAACUUCACAAACGGGAAAUGGAACUACAGAAGAGCAAGUUUGAAUUUGAGCGGGUGGAGAGACAGGCGCACCUUGACCUGCUCAAAGCACAGUUGGACGCUUUCGCUAUUGCAAAACCUAAGUCGGAUCUGGACGCCAAGACGGCGGAAGGUAUCACGGAGUACACGAUUGUGGUGAACAACGAUGAAGCGUUUGCCGCUCAUGCUGCCCAUGCCGUGCAAGCGACUCAGUGACUCUGACUGUACGCUUCGUCUGUUCUUCAUUCGUUCAUGGUGAUACUUCAGGAACUGAAUCUUGAGUUGCUUUCUUCCCGGCAACAGGUGUUGUGAAACUUCUGAAGGAGAGACUAUUUUGUUUUGCCACAGCGUAGCAUAAUUGACUUGGUGCAAUACACCUCUAAGCAAAAGCGUACUGUACUUGAUUUCUCACUGGUACGUUGGGUAAAUAAAUCACUUUCUCUGCCUGGGUAUGGCUGUUUGGUUCCGCUUACUUGAGCCUUUGUGUCAUUUUCAUUUUGGUAUUGGUGUAGAUUUAGAAAGAAAAAAAUCUGAAUAAUAAAAUAUAUAUAUUUGAAAAGUACUUCGCAUGGGAAAAAGAUAGUUGUUUGCAGCGUCAGGAGAUUCAGCCAGGAAUAAAGUUUUAAAUGUUUAAAGGAAUUCUCAAGACUCUGCAGUUUUGGUUGUGGUGCAGUACGGUUGUCGGGUUAGGGUGUGUUUGUUAACCAAAGUAUGCCCAUUGUUGUGACACCCAAAUAAUUCGUCUCCCUAUAUCUAUUGGAAAUUGUUCAGGUCACCAAAGAAGAGGGUAAAUCAAGGGACAAAAACUGCAGCUUGAAUUUGUGAGAAGCUCCAGCGCAAGUUCCUGAGCUAACCUGCCAGUGUUUUUGAAAGUUGUGCAGUAAAGGUGUUGGUGUUUUACAAUCAAAAUACAAGUAUUUUGAACUUUUGGGCAUUAUGUCUCGUGUCAGAAGUAACCUGUUGUAAGAAACGCGCCAAGGUGGCUUGUUUUUAAUGACUGGACAAAAUUUGUUAUUAUGCAAUAUUGCGUUAUUUAAUAGAGGUAUAAUAUUGAAUGUACUUCUUUAUAAUGCAGUUUUGGUCAUGACUAUUUUAUUCUAUGUAGGGUGAUUCCAAUGCACCCCAAUUUGAAAAUAACUUAGAAAUAUGUUACUCUAUUUUUUAAAAUACAUCUAUCGAACGAUAGGCAGACUGUACUUGGCCAAGAGUGUGGCAAAUAUACUGACAGGAUCAAAAGUUGAGGUCACUGAACCAUUCUUAAGUCGCACAAAGGGCACAAUGCCGGCAUGACCAGAUGCAACUUUUUAAAAAUUCCAUUGACUUGUAUUUUUCUGUUUAGGGUUUUUUUUUUGUCUGUACUGAUAGUAUUACAAAUUUUUUUUUUCUUUUCUUUUUUUUAGAACCCUCUUGUCCUUGUUGACUUCUGUUGAGGAGAUUUUUUUCUUGACUUUCGUACUUUUGUCAUAGUGGUUGUUGCCUAUAAGAGCGCUAAGUAGGCUUGUUGUACAAAAGAGCGGAUUCCUGAGAAAUUUUGACUACAUUUGGAUGAGGAGCUGGAACCCAAGAGGUGUGGGAUCGGUAACGGGGACACUAGUCAUUGUCAGAAAAUAAAUUUUUACAAUUUGAAAUGUAUUCUUAAAAAUGCACUAUUUCAAUUUUGAGUCAUCUCCCUUCUUUUCACUGAUUUGUAAUUUGAGUUUAAAGUUAAAGUGGAGCUUUUUAUCACAAUGGUUUCUAUAUAAGUUGCAGCGGUAUGACAGAAAAAAAUAGCAUGCAAAAUUCAGUGAUACUUCCUACCGUAGGGUCAAUGUUAUCUGAUCUGGGUGCAUUUCUACAAAAUGAUUUUUUCAGUAAUUUUAUCCACGAGGAGCAUAAAAAUGAAACAAACCUUUAAAUUAGGAAUUUAUUUUUUUAAAUUUGAGUUAUAAUUGUUAUCAUGUAGCCCUAACUCUGGAUAAAAGGGGGGAAUUGGGAUAGGAGAUACUACUGUUGAAGUUGUCCAUGACAGCCACCCAUUGUGGAGGAAUAAAAUGGUUGCCAAAUAGGGAGUGCCCAUUGGCAUGAUCGGUUUGGAUUGGUAGGUCGGGGCUAGCCAGAUUGAGGGCGCAAAGCUGCUAUUGUGGCACAAACCGAUUACCCGACUCAUCACCUCAAAAACAAGCUCGUUUGUUUUCAGGCUGUGAAUCGGGCGAUCGGUUUGUUGGCCCCUCAGUGGGCACUGGCUAUAAAACAGCUGGAUAUCUUGGACAGUCUCUUUAUAAUAGAAAACAUGUGAGGAGGGGUUAAAGGGAAAGCAGUCAUUCGUAAAGAUGAUUGUCUUGGACAGGUGGCUAUUGUUAGAGCAUGUUUUGCUGUGUUUUGAUUUCCUUUGCAUGUUUCCUUGGAAUACCUGCUGACAAUGUGGGCACCUGUUUGAGCUAAAUCAAAUUUGUCUGAAGUGUGAGUCACUUGUACUCAUUGUCCACUUUCACAUUAGGCGUUUGGCCAUAUGCUUCUGUGACAGACAUUUAGCCUAUCCCCUUUUAUCGCAGAACUAUUUUCUUAGCAAGGGCUUGAUUCAAUUGACACAACUUGGCUAGUACUAGUACACAAAGACCCAAAUGCAAAUGCAUUGUCUUUUUCCUGUAAUUGAUAACUGGAGGAUGAUCAUACACAGACAAGUGUCUUGAUGGAUGACAGCAGUAUCUCAGCAUGAUAAAACCAUGACAGCCGUCGGGAAAUAAUACGGUAGUUGAGUUAAUGGAGGUACACAGGAGGGUUACGGCAGUUGCUGUACGAGCUGGUGUUCUGAGAAAGGUGUCGAGUCAUUCGCAAGCAAUGUGGCAGAUACAAACUGAUUCAGAAGCAGUGGCAUUUCAUUCAUGUUGAAUUCAAUAUCACCCUCAGGGUGUAGCUCUGCACAAUGCUCAUGCUGUUUUUUUAUGCAUUACAUCACCAUGUGUUCUGUAAAUAAACAUUGAUAUUUUCAUGUACAAAA